AUGACCAUCACCAUCACUACGGCCCCAACCCUCACACCACCUCUACCAUCAUCAUCACUACGACUACCAACCCUCACACCACCUCUACCAUCAUCAUCACUACAACCACCAACCCUCACAUCACCUCUACCAUCAUCAUCACUACGACCACAAACCCUCACACCACCUCUACCAUCACCAUCACUACAACCACCAACCCUCACAUCACCUCUACCAUCAUCAUCACUACGACCACAAACCCUAACACCACCUCUACCAUCUUCAUCACUACAACCAUUGACCCUCACAUCACCUCUACCAUCAUCAUCACUACGACCACAAACCCUAACACCACCUCUACCAUCUUCAUCACUACAACCAUCGACCCUCACAUCACCUCUACCAUCACCAUCACUACAACCACCAACCCUCACAUCACCUCUACCACCAUCAUCACUACGACCACCAACCCUCACACCACCUCUACCAUCAUCAUCACUACGACCACCAACCCUCACACCACCUCCACCAUCAUCAUCAUUACGACCACUAUACCCCUCACACCACCUCUACCAUCAUCAUCACUACGACCACCAACCCUCACACCACCUCUACCAUCAUCAACACUAUGACUAA